CCGUAGCUGAAACAAUCAAUGAUGAGAAGUAAAUUAGUUUCGUGUUUGAAAAAUACGUCAUCUACCCACACGCACGGUGAUGCCAUGGCGAAAAUAAUUUCUACGUCAAACUACGAAAAACUGCAGUAAAUUACGAAGAUUUUAAAUGGACAACGAAGUCCCAUCGCUGUCGAAUAUACUGACGGAUAGUAAUUCGGAUGUGUCGAUUCAAGACAAAGCGGACCAAAAGUUUACACAAGAGAUCGACAAGGAUGAUUAUAGCGAGGAAUCCUUAUCGAGGGAUGAAAGUAGCGAUUCGGCGGCUUGCAGCUCGGCUUAUGACCGGCAAAAUUUUUCCCAAGUAAAUGACCUUACGAAUGACGGUGAAGAUUUGAAAAAAUUAACGGAGGUUAUCGAAAAUCCUGAAAAAACGCCGUCCAAAGAUACGAUUGUCAACGAAACCGCAAUUGGUGACGAAACCUUUUCGCCUCGUUCCGAUGAAAUUUUUGAAAGAAAUAACAUCCUUCAGGAACGAAUAUCCGAAUUGAAUAAAGUUGUGCAAUCUCUGAGAGGAGAAUUGCAGAGAGAAAUUUCUCUCUGGCGAAAAGAACGUGACGAGUUUCAAAUACUUGAAGAAAAAAGCGACCUGUUGGCUCUUGAAGAAGCCACAGCUGCAGCACGCGCAGCGGCCGAAGCAUACGCCGCAGAAUCUCCUCUGUCCAACGAUUUGGACAACAUCCAAUUUAAUUACUACAAUCACACCACCAACUAUGGUAACAUUCUCGACAUAAAUCCGGAACAAACGCUGAGCGAGUUAACGAUACUAGAGUACGAAAAGAAGCUUGCAAAGUACCAGGAUGCCCUAGCGUUAGCUCAGGCCGAAAAGCGAUACAACAUGCGUCGUCAGCUGGCCGCGAAUACUUAUCGUCACAAAUUGAUGGAAGUCGAACGUCUCUGCGACGAAGAAUUGGAAAAGAUCAGGCAAAAUGCGAAUUCCCUUCAGCCCUUGAAGCAAAUGGUUUCGCAAUGGUACAGCGACGAUCGUUGCGGUGGCGACGUUGACAAAUCGGGUAAUCCUUCGGACCAGCUUCAGAAGUCCUUUUCCUUUUCAUCUCAAAAUGGUUACACGAGGACCACGUACUGUGAUAUACCGCGUGUUGCUAAAGUCGACGCUGAGGUCAAUAUGGCGCCAGAAAUCUUUGUCGCAAAAUUUAAUCUCUGUCAAUCCGAUUAUCCGUCGACCAGCAUAGAGAGCGGUUCAAGUUGGAUCACCGAAUCUGAUUAUAAUUUGAAAAGUGUAAACGGCGCUGCGGCUAAUCCGCCUCAUUGGAAGACUUCGCAUUACAAUCUGUCCACGUCAAUCAUGAAUGGAAAUCCUUGAGCGUUUGUAUUUUCACGGUGUA